CUUCACCGGGGACAGCCCCACUUCAGAGCAGCGAGGCUCACACGGCAGUCAGAGAUGAAGCUCCUCUUUGUAGCCAUAUCCAGCCUCUUUGUUUUCACAUCCUUGGACCAAGCAGAUUCAUCUUACUAUGACAAAAUAGUCCUCCACAGCCGCAUCAGAGCGAAGGACAAGGGACCUAACGUGUGCGCCCUUCAACAAGUGGUCGGAACUAAAAAGAAAUAUUUCAGCACAUGUAGAAACUGGCAUCAGAAGUCCAUCUGCAUGAAAAAAGCACUCGUCAUGUAUGAAUGUUGCCCGGGUUACAUGAGGCUGGAUGGUGGGCGCGGAUGCCCAGCAGUCUCUCCUAUCGACCAUGUCUACGGUACAUUGGCCAUUGUAGGUGCCACAAACACACAGAAUUAUGCCGACAGAUCGAACCUCAGACGAGAGAUCGAAGGCGAGGGGACCUUCACAAUCUUUGCCCCAAGUGAUGAUGCUUGGAUGUUGCUCGAUGCUGAUGUGCGUAGUGCACUACUGAGCAACGUGAACAUCGAGCUCCUCAAUGCCUUACAUUACCACAUGGUGGAUCACCGCUUGCUAACCAAGGACGUAAAUGAUGAACUGACUGUGCCCUCCAUGUAUAAUGACCUCAACUUGCACAUCAAUCAUUAUAAAAAUGGGAUAGUUACAGUGAACUGUGCAAGAAUAAUCACUGCAAAUCAAAUUGCCACAAAUGGUAUUGUUCACGUCAUUGAUCGAGUUAUUACUGCCGUUGCCAGUAACUUGGAAGAAACAAUUGAGGCGACUGAUGAACUUUCAUCUUUCAGGGCUGCUGCAGCUGCUUCAGGGCUCUUUGGAACUCUUGGCACUGGUGGACACUACACGAUCUUUGCUCCAACCAAUGAAGCUUUUGAUAAGCUUCCACGGGAGGUUUUGGAACGUAUCCUGAGUGACGAUGUGGCGAUGAAAGCUCUGCUGAAUUACCACAUCCUGAAGUCCGUACAUUGUUCGGAAUCGAUCAUGUCUGGAGCAACCUACGCCACCUUGGAAGGAACAAAUAUCGAGAUCGGGUGCGACGGUGACAGCCUUACUGUGAACGGAGAGAGGAUGGUCAACCGCAAAGAUAUCGUAGCGACCAAUGGUGUGAUCCACUUAAUCAACAAGGUGCUGAUUCCAGACGCAGCGAUGCAGAUCCUGGAUUUGGUGAGCAGCAAGCAGUCAACAUUCUCCGAAUUGGUGAAGGACACUGGACUGUCGGCUGCCUUCACUGAUACUGACUACACACUCCUCGCUCCUUACAAUGAAGCCUUCAAUGAGGAUAUUAUGUCUUUCGAUCAGAGAAUUCUGAAAGUAAUCCUACAAAACCAUAUUCUGAAAGUGAAGGUGGUCCUUAAUCAGCUGUACAACGGCCAAAUACUGGAGACUGUCGGAGGGAAAUUCCUCAGAGUCUUUGUCUACCGCACCGCAGUUUGCAUUGAGAAUUCAUGCAUGGUGAGAGGAAGCCGGGAGGGACGGAAUGGAGUGCUCCACACCGUACGAAAGGUCAUAAUGCCUUCCGAAAAUUCAAUGCUGCAAAUACUGCGAGACGACCCUCGCUUCACCAUUUUUCUGACUCUCAUAGAAUCUGUUGGGUUGACUGAGCUGCUGACCGAGGGAAGGGACUGGACACUGUUCGUGCCCACCAAUGACGUAUUUGAAAGCCUUACGCCAAAUGAGUUGGAGGAGCUGACAAGAGACAAAAACGCUCUCCGGCAUAUCCUGUUGUAUCACCUCCUCAAGGGAGUUUACAUUGGGGACGGUAUUGAAUACGGAGUCACUAAUGUGUUGAAGUCAUACCAAGGCAGCAGGCUCAUGAUAAAACUGGUGAACAACACCAUGUUGGUGAAUAAUGUGAAGGCCAAGGAGUUGGAUCUGUUGGCCAAUAACGGUGUCAUCCAUGUGGUCAACUGUCUACUCUUUCCAAAAGAUCUGCCCGUUGGAAGUGACUUUUUGCAGAGAAUUCUCACAAAAAUCAUCAAGUAUAUUGAGAUAAAGUUCAUCCCAGGCUAUACCUACACUGAGAUGAAAAUACCCAUCUUCACUCAUAUUAUCAAGUUCAAUUCUCAUCCCAAUAUUACCAGAGAGAUUGGAACAACCAUUACUCGAGUGAUUCCAUAUGAAACUGAGGUCAGAGAAUUUACGAGAAUUGUUACAACUAAACCGGAAAUUAAUAUAAUUAGAGGAAAGAUCACACAUAGCGGAAGGAUUGAGACCGACGUUGAGGCUGCUGACCUUGCUAAACUUAUCGAAGGAGGAACCCAGUAUUCCAAGUUCUCCAGGACCAUAGAGGGUGAUCCCAGUAUAUUUGAUGAUGAGGAUAUUCAAAAACUCCUUCAAGGAGAAUCUACGAGAAGGAUUGCUAAUUUUAACAGCAGAACAUCAGCUGGGCUGAGGAGAUCAAGGCACGCAAGAAAACUGAGACAACGUAAAAGGAAACCUGUUCGUGCUUGAAGACGAGGCGUUUUUGUCACCUGAACAUCCAACCAAAGACUUUAAGUUAAGGUCAAGGCUGGCCUAAAACUAUUUCAGACGUUAAACAUGUCAUUUUGCACAUGCCUCAACAUUCCCAUCAGUUCACAUGAAUGUCGUGUCACCAAAAAAUAUAAUAACACAACAUUCCCAAUUCCUACUUGUUUUGCAGUGAUUUAACAGUCUGUUUUAGAUUGAUACUAUUUGCAAAUUAAAUCAGGGAUAUUAUAAAGUGUAAAAUGAAUAUUCUACUAAAUAGUGAUUGAUUUAGAUCACUUACUCCAAGUAAUAGUGGUUUAUUUUCUUCUGUAGUUAAAAACAUGACCUAACUGGGGAAAAAAUAUAUAUCUUCUAUUUUGAUAAGUGGUUGAAAAGGCAUAAACACAGCAGGGAUCUGCACAAGAACAUAUCAAUUUACUUAAAAGGUUGAAAGUUAGUUUAUCUUUUGUAUUUGUUUCCAUUUAUGAAGCUGGGCUUAAAUGCGGAGGGAGCUGGUUAAUGGAUAGUAGCUGAGACCCUGAUAAAGUUAAGGUUAAAGGUUAAUGUCACUGCUUCUAGUGAAUCUAUGGGUUAUUUUUAACAUGCAUUUUGUAUUAAGGCAAAGCUUUGCAGCUCACAUGCACAGAUUCAGGCUCUUUGUACUUUUACAAAUUGAGUUGUACUAAUAUUUUUUCCAGACUUUUACUCUAAAGGUUUUUGUAUCAAUGAAAGACUUGUUCUUUAUUCCUGCACUUUGCAGUUUAAAUCCUGCAUUGAUACAUUUCUUAGGAAACCUUUCAUGGUGCCUACAUUUUAUGGAAAAGACGUUUGUAUUUUUCUUUCAGAAACAAUUAUUCAUUAAAGAAUGUUUCCUUA